UCUCAUUCUCUCACUGACUCUGUGCGCUUUGUCUGCAUGGGCAGACGUGUGCAGGGCUGAGAGAGAGAGAGAGAAAAAGAGAGGGCAGGAUUAAGACACUGUCUGUAGAAGAGGAAAGAGACAGGCACACUGAGAACAUCUAAGAGAAGAAGAGCAUCUGAUCUGCAGAAACACAGAAAGAAAGAGAGAGAGAGAAAAAGAAAGAGCAGCUUUCUGAGAAGAAGACGUGCACCCGCAAGAAGACUGCAUACACACACACACUCGCGCGCUCCACACACGUUUGUGUAAGGGGAAUGGAGGACAGUUCAGUGAGCAUGGAUCCAGCCUGCAAUUCUACUGCUGCACCCGUGCUUAACAACCAUUGUGUGGACGACAGUAUCUCUGCGGCCAGCGCCUCAGACGUGCAGGACCGGCUGUCGUCCCUGGAGCUGCGGGUCCAGCAGCAAGAGGAUGAGUUGACGGUGAUGAAGGCAGCGCUGGCCGAUGUUCUCAGACGCCUUGCACUGUCUGAGGACUCGGCAGCCAAGAAACAGCAGAGCACCAAAGGUCAGACCCCACUGCGUGAGGCCUUCUCCAUGUCCUGUAUUGCUAACGGCAGCUCCAGUGGCCGCAAGUCCCACAGAGACAGCUCCACGGUGUCUGUAGCCAGGAAAGAGACGCUGUCCUCCGCAGCCAAGAGUGGUGGCGAGAAGAAAAAAGACAAGCCUCCGAUGGAGGGGAUCAAGGAGAAGGAAGAGCCACCACAAGCUAACGAUAAACCCCCUUCAACACCCAGCACCCCCCAGGCACCAUCCCCCUCCAGCCACCCCCCUUCCCCACACCCCCUACAGCCUCAGAGACCGGCACUGGAGAGCAAAGGGCCCUCCCCAGCCAAAAGCAGGGGCCACAGUGCGAAGCGGGGUGGAGGAAUGGAGCGUUCUCAGAGCAGCACAUGGGAGAGCGGGGAGGAAAGCAGGAACAAGCUGGUCAAAGCUGCCUCCACCUCCAAACUGCUGGCCAAAGUUGUGAAGAAUGCAGAGAAACACAGAGAUCCAGUUAUCAGCCAAGCCAAAAUGUCAACUCGUGAGAAAAACAGUCAAGAGGGUGACUAUAUCAAAAUGUUCAUGCGAGGACGUCCCAUCACCAUGUUCAUCCCAUCUGAUGUAGAGAACUAUGAAGACGUCCGAACCGAGCUUCCCUCAGAGAGGCUCAAACUGGAGUGGGUAUAUGGCUAUAGGGGGCGAGACUGCAGAGCAAAUGUUUAUCUGUUGCCUACAGGGGAGAUAGUCUACUUCAUUGCCUCAGUGGUUGUACUAUUCAACUAUGAUGAGCGGACACAGCGGCAUUACUUAGGACACACUGACUGUGUCAAAUGUCUUGCUGUUCAUCCAGAUAAGAUACGUAUUGCCACAGGACAGAUCGCAGGAGUGGACAAGGACGGCAGGCCACUGCAGCCUCACGUAAGAGUGUGGGACUCUGUCACUCUGACCACCCUGCAGGUCAUCGGCCUGGGCACCUUUGAGAGAGGAGUGGGAUCCCUCGCUUUCUCUAAAGCUGACUCUGGCACCCACCUCAGCGUGAUUGACGACUCCAAUGAGCACAUGCUGACUGUGUGGGACUGGCAGAAAAAGUCGAAAAUUGCUGAGAUUAAGACAACUAACGAAGUGGUCUUAGCAGUUGAGUUUCACCCCACAGAUGCCAACACCAUUGUCACCUGUGGCAAAUCACAUAUCUUUUUCUGGACAUGGAGUGGCAACUCUCUGGCUCGCAAGCAGGGCAUCUUUGGGAAAUAUGAGAAGCCCAAGUUCGUCCAGUGUUUGGCCUUCCUUAAUAAUGGAGACAUCCUGACCGGAGAUUCGGGAGGCGUCCUGCUGAUCUGGACCCGCAGCACAGUGGAACCGGCCCCAGGCAAAGGACCCAAAGGAGCAUUUCAGAUCACUCGUCAAAUCAAGGCCCAUGACGGCAGUGUGUUCACACUGUGUCAAAUGAGAAAUGGCACACUGCUGACUGGAGGAGGCAAAGACCACAAGAUCAUCCUGUGGGACCAUGACCUCAACCCAGAGAGAGACAUAGAGGUUCCUGAUCAGUAUGGAACCAUCCGAGCCGUGGCUGAAGGGAAGGGGGAGCAGUUUCUGGUGGGCACAUCACGUAACUUCAUCCUGAGGGGAACAUUCAACGAUGGGUUUCAAGUAGAAGUACAGGGUCACACAGAUGAGCUGUGGGGUCUGGCCACUCACCCAUUCAAGGACCUUUUCCUCACCUGUGCCCAGGACAGGCAAGUGUGUCUGUGGAAUGCAGGGGACCACUCGCUGGAAUGGACCAGACUGUUGGAUGAGCAUGGCCACUGUGCGGACUUCCAUCCUAGCGGUGCUGUGGUUGCCAUUGGUACUCACUCAGGGAAGUGGUAUGCUCUGGAUGCUGAGACUAGGGACCUGGUGGCCAUCCACACAGAUGGGAACGAGCAGCUGUCAGUAAUGCGCUACACUAUAGAUGGCACACUGCUGGCAGUGGGAUCACAUGAUAACUUCAUUUACCUCUACACAGUGUCGGAUAAAGGACGCAAGUACAGCAGAUACGGGAAAUGCACUGGACAUUCCAGCUACAUUACGCAUCUUGACUGGUCCCCCGACAACAAGUUCAUCAUGUCCAACUCAGGAGACUAUGAAAUCCUCUACUGGGACAUUCCAAACGGCUGUAAGCUGAUUCGUAAUCGCUCUGAGUGUAAGGACAUUGACUGGGCCACCUAUACCUGUGUGCUGGGAUUCCACGUCUUUGGAGUGUGGCCAGAAGGUUCGGACGGAACCGACAUCAACGCCUUGGUGAGAUCUCAUAACAGGAAGGUGAUUGCUCUGGCGGAUGACUUCUGCAAAGUGCAUCUCUUCCAGUACCCGUGCUCCAGACCUAAGGCACCAAGCCAUAAGUACAGCGCCCACAGCAGUCAUGUGACUAAUGUGAGCUUCUUGCACAAAGACAGUCAUCUGGUAUCAACGGGCGGUAAGGACACUAGUAUCAUGCAGUGGCGUCUGGUGGAGAAGACGCCCACCCUGGUGCCCAGCGACUCCAGCCUUGGCCUCACCGACUCCCUUCUGCACAACUCGAGCCCCCGCAGCCUGGCCUCAGUUCCUGCCAUACCCCAGUCGCCCUCCGAGCCAGUGGCAGUGCCCGACUCUCUGCCCCUCGGUGACACGCAGCCAGACACCAACACGCCACCCCCAACACCCAUUGAGGCCUUGGAGCCUACCCCCAAUGGACAGCAGGAGGGCUCACCUGAAACCCCACCUCCUUCUGAUGAGGCCACACCCACCUCUGACAGCACCCUGAGCCCAAAGGACAGCCUGGAGCCUAGCGAUGACACAGCCACACCCAGCGAUGAGGGCACACCCUUUAGCCCACCCUCAUAAAGCUUUGUCGAUGAGGUGAUGGUGGCCUCCUGCACCUCUCCUCCUCCAGAGUUCUCUUGUCUGCUCCUCUUAGUGUGCUCCUCCCAGAGGCACUAGCAUGUCACUGCACCCUUGCUGUGGCAGGUUGGAGUACAUAAACAGAGGCUCUUUAAGUUUUACUCUUUUCAGGUUCUUUUUCUAUUUCUUUAAUUGUCUGUUAAUUUGUCAGAGAGGGAGAAAAGAUGAAUGAAGUAUGGUUACGUGCUGCCCAGGAGGAAUCAUACUCGGAGUAUGUAGAAAGCCUUCGGAGAUAUGGAAACAGACACUAACAUGCCUGUAUACACUGAUGCACACAAACACUACCACAGACACCAUUUCACUCCCACUUACUCCAUCUCUCUCAAACACACACAAAGACACAUACUUUCUUUGGCAACUGUGACCUCUAGACACAUUCUGGUGGGUAGAGAUACAGUUCUUCAAAACCUUAAACAAAUUUUGUUUCUUAGCGUACAUGAAGUUGACAGCUAUUAGCACCAUACAGAGACCUACAUACAAAAAACAGACCUACACACUCAUACACAGAAAAGGGCACAUACCAGGACAACAGAAUUAGAUUGGUGCAGUAAGUGAUUA